GGAAAAGGCUCUGCUGGCAUACAAAGGACUUGUGAUAUCACUGUGAUUUUGUUUCAUUUGCAACUGGAGACUAAAUGACACCAAGCAGAAUCUGCUGUUAGGUUAGAUUACAAGGAUACUUUCUGAGACACACAAAAACAUGCAGGCUACAUCAUUAGUCUAUUAUUUCCUGCUUGUCUCUCUGUGCAUUGAUUUUUCUCAAAAUGAAACCAGUGCACUUCUCAGGAAGCAAAGGAGAAGAAUGCACUACAGAGGAUUGAGGAGGAGCUCCUCAGCAGGGCACAGGUCCCCAAGACAGCCAAGGAUGAAGGUUCCAGCUCCUGUUGCUGUAGUACCCAGCAUACCUCUUAUUAAUAUUGAUGACGGUGUAAUGGGAGUAUUUGACUCUCUCAUAGGUUUGGGUGGACACGAAUCUAGUUACAGUGUCUUACCAGGAAAGAAGGGGCAUUGCACAGCUAAUGGCAUGAUUAUGUAUGAUAAAGCUGUCUGGUCUCCCAAGCCCUGCGUUACCUGUCUCUGUUCAAAAGGAGAAGUGAUAUGUGAUACAACUAUGUGCCACCCUCUGAAAUGUCCCAAAACUAUUAUACCUGCAGGAGAAUGCUGCCCAGUUUGUUCUGAUACUGCCUCCUCCUUGGAUUCAAGUAUUAUUUCACUGGAUGACAUAAGUGAGCUGUCUGGUGAUUCUCCAGAACCCAAUGACCUUGACAAUGCCAAUGUAUUGUCAUCAGCACAUACUCAAACUGAAAAAGAUGAACUGCUUAGAACAGAAGUGGUAGAGUUUAAAGAGAAAGAGGGUCGUAAAAGGGAUGAAAAGAAAAGAAAAAGGAAAGGCAAAAAAAAUCGACAGAAGUAUAAAGCCCAUCACAGAGAAAAGAAGCCUAUCACAAGAAAGGGAGCUGCAGAAGAAGAAAUACAAUAUGAAAGUGAUGAAGAUGAUGGUACUUUCAGAAUUCCAUCUCAUUUCCCAAUUCCUGUUCCACCCAUAGAAGCUCCUCCUUUACCACCUGGAUGUUCCACCUCAGACACCACAGUAAGCUGCAUUAACGCCAAACUUACACAAAUACCACCAAUCUCAGAUCCAGAUCUAAAAAGUCUAGACCUUACAGGAAAUAGUAUCACUACUAUCUCAGAUGAAGCAUUCAAUGGGAUACCUAAUUUGGAAUGGAUUGAUCUGAGUAAAAAUAGUAUUACCUCUCCUGGCAUAGGUCUACAAGCAUUCAAAAUCCUGAAAAAGCUAAAACGUUUGUAUUUGGAUGGAAAUAUGCUGGUACAUAUUCCCUCUGAAUUGCCAUCAACUUUGGAAGAAAUAAAAAUAAAUGACAACCACCUUCAUGCCAUUGAUGAAGAUGGCUUACAAGAUUUAAAGAACUUGGUCACCCUGGAAUUAGAAGGAAAUAAACUUAGUGAAGCGAAUGUCAGUCCUUUGGCCUUUUAUCCUUUGAAAAGUCUCUCUUAUUUGCGACUGGGAAGAAAUAAAUUUAGAAUUAUCCCACAAGGUCUUCCCACCACUCUUGAGGAGUUAUACCUUGAAAAUAAUCAAAUUGAAGAAGUGUCAGAAAUUUGCUUUAACCAUACAAGACACAUAAAUGUCAUUGUGCUAAAGCAUAACAAAUUAGAAGAGCACAGAAUAGCACCUUUGGCUUGGAUAAACCAAGAGAACUUGGAAUCAAUUGAUCUCUCUUAUAAUAAGUUAUAUCAUGUUCCCUCCUAUCUGCCAAAAUCUUUACUACAUCUGAUACUUAUAGGAAAUCAGAUUGAAAGAAUUCCAGGAUAUGUCUUUGGUCACAUGAAGCCAGGGCUGGAAUAUCUCUACUUGUCCUUUAACAAACUUACUGACGAUGGAAUAGAUCCAGUAUCAUUUUUUGGAGCGUAUCACUCUCUAAGAGAGUUAUUUUUGGAUCACAAUGAAUUAAAGUCUGUACCGUUUGGAAUUGAUGAAAUGAGAAAAUUACGUUUUCUAAGACUGAACAAUAAUAAAAUAAGGACGGUCCCUCCAGAACGCAUCUGCAGGACUCAUAUCAAUGAUGAUGAUGUUCAUGACAACAGCGAAGAGGAGGAGAAUGAAGAGUCACGUUUGGAACAUGUUCAUCUUGAAAACAACUAUAUCAAUACAAGACAGCUAUCACCACAUGCAUUUUCAUGCAUAAGAUCCUAUUGCAGUGUUGUUCUUAAACCACAGAAGACCAAAUGA